AUGGCCACCACCGGCAGCGCCACCGGCGGAAUAAUCGGUAAUACCUCUAAUUUCCUCAAUACUCCUUCCAAAAGCCCUUCUUCCGAAAAUUCCGCUUCCAGAAAAAGGCCCCGCCACCACCAAUCAAUGGACACGCCCAGCAAAUCCGCUUAUGAACUGAAAAGAAGAUACGAGGCCUACAAUCGCCUCCAGGCCGCUGCAGUGGCGUUCGGAGAGAAGCUCCCGAUUCCGGAGAUCGUGGCUCUCGGCGGCCAGUCCGACGGUAAGAGCUCGUUGCUUGAAGCCCUCCUAGGGUUCCGAUUCAAUGUGCGGGAAGUUGAAAUGGGGACUCGACGGCCGCUCGUGCUGCAGAUGAUUCAUGAUUCAAAUGCUCUCGAGCCUCGAUGCCGAUUUCAGGAAGAGUAUUCUGAAGAAUAUGGGACUGCUAUGAUAUCAUCCACUGCCAUUGCUGAUACCAUAAAAGCUCGUACUGAAGCACUUUUGAAGAAGACGAAAGCUGCAGUCUCGCCUAAGCCUAUCGUGAUAAGGGUGGAAUAUGCUCACUGUCCUAAUCUCACCAUUAUCGAUACUCCUGGCUUUGUUCUCAAGGCAAAGAAAGGCGAACCCGAGAGUACUCCAGAUGAGAUUUUGUCGAUGGUGAAGAACAUAGCUAGUCCACCUCAUCGCAUUCUUCUAUUUCUUCAGCAGAGUAGUGUUGAGUGGUGUUCCUCAUUGUGGUUGGACACCAUUCGUGAAAUUGAUCCCGCCUUCAGACGUACAAUCAUUGUUGUCUCCAAAUUUGACAACCGUCUUAAGGAGUUUAGUGAUCGGUGGGAAGUGGAUCGGUAUUUGAGUGCAAGUGGAUACCUUGGAGAAAACACUCGACCGUUCUUUGUUGCCCUGCCAAAGGACAGAAGCAUAGUUUCUAAUGAUGAGUUCCGUAGACAAAUAGCUCAGGAUUCUCUUCUUGAUGGGGCGGCUGAUCCAGCUCCUGAACAGUGGGGCAAAACAACUGAAGAGGAAAAAUUGGAGAGUGGCAUUGGAGGUUGGCCUGGUGUUAAUAUGGACACAAAGCCUCCGAACGCCACUCUUCGUCUUUAUGGCGGUGCUGCAUUUGAGAGGGUGGUGCAUGAGUUUCGUUGUGCCACGUAUUCUGUGGAAUGCCCGGUUGUCUCGAGGGAGAAGGUGGCGAAUAUUUUACUUGCCCAUGCUGGCCGAGGUGGGAGCAGAGGAGUUAUGGAGGCAGCUGCAGAGAUAGCACGUGCGGCAGCUAGGUCAUGGCUCACCCCUCUUCUCGACACCGCAUGCGAACGCCUCGCUUUUGUUCUGUGCAAUCUUUUCGAUAUUGCUGUCGAGAGAAAUCGAAGUUCUCAACCCUCACGCGGUCAACAAUCGGGAGACAUGGAGGGUUAUGUGGGGUUCCAUGCUGCCUUAAGGCACUCUUACCACAAAUUCGUAAAAAAUCUCGCUAGAGACUGCAAACAGGUUGUGAGGCACCAUCUCGAUUCAGUCACCAGCCCAUACUCCCUCGUCUGCUAUGAAGCCGACACCACCACGCCUUUGACUUUGACCAACCGAGCACACCAGAUCAUCCAGCCCUGGUCGUUCAGCCUCGACCUGUCGGGCGUGGGACCCACAAACGAGACCACUGUUGAACAGGAUAACAUUCCCCCCGAGAGAAACGAGAUCGUCACGCCUGGGAAAGCUGCUGCAGAGCAUAGGGAAGCUCUGAGAGAGUGCCAAAUGACGGUGCCCGAGACUCCUUCGCCAGAUCAGCCGUGUGAAGCGAGUUGUGUUGUGAAAAAGGAGCUCGGAGGGGGUCAUUGUGUGGUGGAGUUGGGGCUGAGAAAGCGACAAUCGAGGAUCGGGCCCAAUAAACGGGCCCAAAAUGGCGGUGGGCUUCUGCUUGGGGGUGGGUCUGGGUCACCGCCUUACGAGGAGAUUUGCUCGUCUGCUGCGCGGCAUUUCGCGCGGAUUCGUGAGGUGCUGGUCGAGAGGGGUGUGGCUUCGACUCUGAAUUCCGGGUUCUUGACACCUUGUCGAGAGCGUCUGAUGGUUGAACUGGGGCUGGAUUUGUUUGCUGUGACUGACGAGAAGUUUAUGGAAAUGUUUGUUGCGCCUGGAACAAUCGACCUUCUUGAAAACGAGAGGCAGUCGCUACAAAAGCGCCAGAAAAUACUGAAUUCGUGCUUGAGUGAGUUCAAGAAUGUGGCCAGGGCACUUUGAUUGAAAUAUUUCCUUUUUGUUUUAGCAUUUGAAUACCAAAAAAAAAUAAAAAUGGAAAAAAAAAAA